CAGCGCAGCUGCGUUGCCUGCAUGCCAGGCCCCAAGGAGCGCCGGGAAGCAUCAUGGCAUGCCGGAGAGGUCUGAUGGACUGCACGGCGGCUGUGGAUCAUCACCUUUGCAGUGGUAAUCAGGGUGUCUGUGGCUGCUGCGGAGCUCUGCGUCCCCGUUACAAGCGCCUCGUCGACAAUAUUUUCCCUGAGGACCCAGAGGACGGACUGGUGAAAACCAACAUGGAGAAGCUGACCUUCUAUGCCCUCUCCGCUCCCGAGAAGCUGGACCGCAUUGGCGCUUAUCUGUCGGAGAAGCUGAUCCGAGACGUGAGCAGGCACCGAUACGGGUACGUGUGCAUCGCGAUGGAAGCUCUGGACCAGCUGCUGAUGGCCUGCCACUGCCAGAGCAUCAACCUCUUUGUGGAGAGCUUCUUGAAGAUGGUGGCCAAGCUGCUGGAGUCGGAGAAGCCUGACCUGCAAAUCCUCGGCACCAAUUCGUUCGUGAAAUUUGCAAACAUCGAGGAGGACACCCCGUCUUACCACAGGAGCUACGACUUCUUUGUCUCUCGAUUCAGUGAAAUGUGCCACUCCAGCCACGAUGACAUGGACAUCCGGACGAAGAUCCGCAUGUCUGGCAUAAAAGGCCUGCAAGGAGUGGUCCGGAAGACCGUGAACGAUGAGCUGCAGGCGAACAUCUGGGACCCUCAGCACAUGGACAAGAUUGUGCCUUCGCUGCUCUUCAACCUGCAGCACGCUGAGGAAACCGAAAGCCGUUCUCCGUCCCCCUUGCAGACGACGGAGAAGGAGAAAGAGAACCCGGCAGAGCUGGCGGAGCGAUGUCUGCGGGAGCUCUUAGGGCGGGCGGCUUACGGCAACAUCAAAAACGCCAUCAAGCCCGUGCUGAUCCACCUGGACAACCACUCCUUGUGGGAGCCCAAGACGUUUGCGAUUCGCUGCUUUAAAAUCAUCAUGUACUCAAUCCAGCCCCAGCACUCCCACUUAGUGAUCCAACAGCUUCUGAGCCACCUGGAUGCCAACAGCAGGAGUGCGGCCACCGUGAGAGCCGGCAUCGUGGAGGUCCUCUCGGAGGCGGCCAUUAUCGCGGCUUCCGGAUCCGUCGGGCCAACCGUGCUGGAGGUCUUCAAUACCCUGCUGAGGCAGCUGCGCCUGAGCAUCGAUUAUGCCCUCACAGGCAGCUACGAUUGUGCCAUCGCUGGUGGCACCAAGAUCAUCAAGGAGCAUGAAGAGAGGAUGUUCCAGGAGGCCGUCAUCAAGACCACAGGUUCCUUUGCCAGCACCCUGCCCACCUAUCAGAGGUCGGAGGUCAUGCUCUUUAUCAUGAGUAAAGUUCCGCUUCCUUCUCUGCACCACCCUCUAGACACGGGCAAGGCUGGGGAGAACAGGAAUCGUCUGACGCAAAUCAUGCUGCUGAAAUCGCUCCUGCAGGUUUCCACCGGCUUCCAGUGCAGCAACAUGCUGACGGCCCUCCCCAGCUCCUUCUUGGACCGGCUCCUGUCGGCGGCGUUGAUGGAGGACGCGGAGAUCCGCCUCUUCGUCCUGCAGAUUCUCAUCAGCUUCAUCGACCGCCACGGGAACAAGCACAAGUUCCAGACAAUCAGCACCCUCAGCGAUAUCUCCAUCCUGAAGCUGAAAGUGGACAAGUGUUCUCGCCAGGACACCGUCUUCAUGAAGAAGCACGCCCAGCACCUCUACCGGCACAUGUACCUGACUUGCAAGGAGGAGAACAACGGGCGCGCUCAUUACGAGGCCCUCUACAGCCUGCUGGCCCUCAUCAGCAUUGAGUUGGCCAACGAGGAGGUGGUGGUGGACCUCAUCCGGCUGGUGCUGGCCAUGCAGGAGCUGGCCCAGGUCAACGAGGAUAACCUGCCACUGUACAGCCGCUGUGCGCUCUAUGCGCUUGGCGCCGCCUACUUGAACCUCAUCAGCCAGCUGACCACCGUGCCUGCCUUCUGCCAGCACAUCCAUGAGGUAAUUGAGAUGAGGCAGAAGGAGGCCCCCUACCUGCUCCCCGAAGGCAUCUUUGCAGAGAAGCCCAGGCUGUCGAGAAACCUGGACCGCCUCGGCUCCGAGAUCCUCUUCCGGCAAAGCAAGAUCAGCGAGGUGCUGGGUGGGAGCGGCUACAAUUCGGACAGGCUCAGCACGCCUUACAUUCCCCAGCUGACAGAUGAAGAUAGACUGUCGAAGAGGAAGAGCAUUGGGGAAACCAUCUCCCUACAGGUCGAAGUGGAGUCCAGAAAUAGCCCCGAAAAAGAGGAGAGAGCUCCUGCCGAGGAGAUCACUUAUGAAACGCUGAAGAAAGCCAUUGUAGACAGCGUGGCCGUGGAGGAACAGGAGCGGGAGAGGAGGAGGCAGGUGGUGGAGAAGUUCCAGAAAGCCCCCUUUGAAGAAAUUGCGGCUCACUGUGGCGCCCGGGCGACGCUGCUCCAGAGCAAGCUCAACCAGAUAUUUGAGAUCACCAUACGGCCUCCGCCAAGCCCCUCGGGCACCAUCACUGCUGCUUAUGGACAGCCCCAGAGCCAUUCCAUCCCGGUGUACGAGAUGAAGUUCCCAGACCUCUGCGUGUACUGAGAACCCAACAGCAUGCCAGGACAGCAGCCAUGGAGCACAGAAUCACCCGGGACCACCUAGAAUGCUACCAUGCCCUCCACCCCCUGCAUGAGCCAGAGUGGAGCUUUGGGGAGGGGGCCGUUGAGCACCUUCCGACCAUGAGGGAUAAGAACAGCAUCCCUUCCAACUCAUACACUCCCGUGGUCCUUUCUCUCUCUCUCUCUCUCCCUCUCCCUCUUCUUUGUGCUCCACGCAUUUUCCGUCAUGCCCAGACCCGCAUCCAGAAAACCUUUUACGGACUGUGGGAAAGAGAUUGUUUUGGCUUCCCUUUUUUAGAAGCUGUUUUAAAAGUUUUGAAGGGUUGAAGAUUUUCUCUCUCCGGUGAAAGCGUGUGUUGAUAAUCCAUUACAUAAAGUAAAUUUAUUCUCUGUGCGUCUGCCUCUCA